AUGGCUGGUCUUGUAGGGUACGCAAGUAGCGACGAGGACGAGGAAGUCGAGCAGCCCCAGCGGAUUCAACCAGCUGGUAAAAAGCCAUCUCCAGAGACCGCCGCAGCGCCGGAACCGCUGCCACCCGUUGAUGGGAGCGCUAAGAAUGACCCAUCUGAACAAGCCCAGGCGCAAAAUGAUGCUCCAUCUACUGAGGAUAAGGGCAAGGUGACCAUUGGCCCUAUUCUCCAGAAUGCCACCCCAUUAGGGCCCAGCCUCCCUCAGGUGGGAGACUCAUAUCCGGGCCCAGAGAACGAUGCACUCGAUGAGGCACCAGGUUCACCUUAUUCAGCGAACCGGGCAGCGCUGCAUGAUCUCACACUCCCUUCCAUCCCUAACAUGGACAUCCCCCCAUCACCGCCAGGAUCACCAACGGAGACGACCAAUAAGAAGUUUGAACAGUUUAUUCAGCUAAAGAAAAAGGGGGUUCAUUUCAAUGCCAAGCUGGAAACUUCCGUGGCGCUUAAAAACCCAAGCUUGAUGGAUAAGCUCAUGGCCUUUGUGGAUAUUGAUGAGCAGUCUCAGUAUGACACCACACUGCCCGCGGACUUGUGGAACCCUAAAGGGUUCCCCGAGUGGGCGUACCGGGACAGCCUGAAGAAGAGCCAGGAUAAAAUUGCACGAGAGAGGGAGUCUGAGAAGGGUUCCGGCACUAGGAGUGGUGUAGAUUUUGUACCAGCCGUUGGGCUGGGGACCGGAAACUCUUCAGCUGGGCUCGUCUCAAGAAGUGAGAAACGGGAGGGUGGAUGGUAA